UUAUCGCUCUUUGUAAUGCGCGUCACCGAACGUUUAGCGCGGUCUCGUUUGACGUCAAGACUUCGUAUAAAUGCUUCGGGAAGUCGUUCCCAUCGAACAAACACUCGAAGCUUCUCAGUGUGCAUUGAACCGAAAAGGAUAAAUUUUCAAAAAAAUUCUUACCCUCUUUCUGUUGCCAUCAAAACAACGGAAAGAAUCACCGACGCUCGCAAAUAUUCGUGGGUAUAUCGAGACAAACAUCGCAGAAAUCGUCGCAACGGAAAUACGAUGGCAUCGAAAGUGAUUCGGUUGACGAGCCUCUUGGCGGUCGUUGGCCUCGCGACGCUCGUCAAAUCCAUGCCAACGUUGGAAGCCUCGACUGAAAUUCCGACGUUCGACAAGAUUCCGGAUGAGCUGCUGCCGUCGUCGCGCCAAAAAGUGAGUCCCGAGGUCGACGUUCUCAUAUUCGGUUCGCCGAUGAUGAUCAACAAACGAAGCGUCAUGGGAGCCCACGAGAAGGCCAAUUUGGAAGCGAUCCCGAAAGAGAGCAACGAGAGAAUCGUCAGCGAGGAGGAGACCCAGGACGACCUGGAAACCGCCGCCGGCACGAACGUGCUUCGACCCCUGUUCGUUUAUCGGCAGCAACUGGCUUAUCGCGAGCGCGCGAGGAAGGCAGGUCGACGUUCGGCGCCAAAUAUCUGAUAGAUCGAGCACUCCCUCUAGUUUUAAUGAGCACCAAAGACUGAACUGACGCGACAAGGAUCCGAGACCGGAUCCGCAUCUUGGACGUUUACUUCGAUUGCAACUUUCUUCGAUAAAUUGUACACUCGAAGAAGUCAAAUGUUGAAUAAAUCCAAAACGAAGAUAAAAAUGAGAAUAAAUCAGAU